UGGGUUUCCAAUUUUUGGCGCUCGUCCUUCCUUGAUUCUCCUUUGGAUUCUCCUUUGGAUUCUCCUUUGGAUUCUCCUUUGGAUUCUCCUUUGGAUUCUCGCUGUCCAUCUUCAUUUGAGGCGGAACGCCUCUUUUGGGCCGUUGGGCUGGGUCAAAGUGUGUCAUCUGUGCUUCCGAGCUUCCGGGAUUUGAUCCAAGCGCCCUGGGAGGAUCGCCCGGGUCAGCAUGGCCGACACGCCUCUUUUGCCUCGGCGACCGCAAACCCGCCUCCAUCGUCGUCUGAGCGGUUCGGGUGGUACCCCCAAUCUGGCGGUCACGCCUUUAAGCACGAACGGGUUCCCGGCGGGUCUUCAGGCCCCUCCCCCGGGCUGGCUGGCCCCUGAGCCCCGCCCCUGGCCGCUCUUGGCCCGUUGUACCUCCACCCCCAUUUCCCAAUCCGAACUCCGCACUUUAUUAGACUUUGACGAGAUCACGGUUCAACCCCGGGCCACGCCCACCCAGCCGGGCUUGGCCACCGACACGUCUAGUUCGAUCUCCAGUGAAUCCGGGUAUGAUUCGUGGCCCUCCCAUGGCCCGGACACGCCCACCAGUCUGGGGCGGGCCGCCACGCCCUUGGAGCGGCUCCGGCCUUGGAGCCAGAGUAAAGCCCCGGUCCAAAUUCGGGAUCUGUGCUCUUGGGACGCUACGGCUUCGCUUGAAAUCACGGCUGACUCGAUAAUCACCCGCAAACGCUCGAAUUACACGCCGGGUUAUUUCUUGCACCAUGAACGGGUCGACUUUUUGCGCCAUUUGUUCGAUCGCAACAUGUAUGAGGCGUUACGCAUCAGCUUCUCGUACCUGGAUCCGCCCAGUUUGUGCCACGUGGCGCAGGUGUCGCCCACUUGGCGGGAAGCCUUGUAUUCCGACUUUGAGGCCGUCCGACGUAAAGCAGCCUUCUUACACCGACAAAAACUCAACUUGGAGAACUUGAGUGCCGAGAAAAGCGUGUUGCGCAGCAGUCCCCGGAAAGCCAUGGGCAACGUGUCCAACCUUCUGAGCCUAAGUCCCAGUUACGCUAAGCGAGAACGGGAGGACAAGUCUCACGCCGGCCAUUCCAAACUUGUCAGUCCGAGUAAAAUCCGACACCAACUAUUCACGCAGGAGGCCUCAAAGUUAGCGCCAGGAGAGCAACUUCAGGCGUGUCCAAGAUGCACCGCCCCCUCCCGAGUGACCGAGACCUCGGCCCAAUGUUCUCGACGGGGGUGUGGCUUCUCAUUUUGCACGUUGUGUAUGUGCGAAUCUCAUAAAGACGACACAUUUUGUCGCACUCCGGGAAAAACUAAUGGGAAAUCGCCCAAGGGAUCGAUUGCCAGUAAACGCUCCAAGAAUAGGCUCAAACGCCUGUGAGUGGGCCAAUGAAUUCAUUUCAAUGCAAUGAGAGCCAAUCUGCACCUCAAACCCUCCAAUGCGUGACAGGAAUCUUUUCCACCCAUUUCGUUUCUUACCCGAACACUCGAACCCUUGACAUUCCUUCAGAACUUGAAAGCCAUCUUUUAUCCUAUUUGAACUGUAAAAAGAACACACAGAACGGCUUCCUGAGAUCAUUUGGUGUAUGAUCAGCCCGUGAAAUCUGUCAGGCAAGUGGGUUGUUGUACACUGACGCCAUCGAAUUGCUUACUUUUGAGGCCGUUUUGUGCUUCUUUUUUUUGUGUCGACAUGAAUGAUUUCGUCCCAAUUCCCGUCUUCGACUCUUCUUAUUUCUGCUCUACGAUUAUUAAUAUUACUCUUUUCACUUUCUUCAUCAUCCAUCAGCUAUUAUUGCCUCAUCAACCCGCAGCAUACAUACAGAAAUAAAACCAAGGUUAUUGGUGAGAAAGAA